AUGCCCGCCAGCCAGAUUGCUUCACCUCUCCCCAUUCCUCCUCAGCGGAGGAACCUUCGUCUGAUGACAGGCCAGGACCUUUUUACCAGCUUGAACGCUACUCUGACUUCAACCACACACCGCCCAGCGACGCCCGUUCACAUGAUUCAGGAACAGGACUACAGCGUGCCUGCGCCGCCACCACCAAGUCCCGUCUCGUUUGCUGCGGAGCACUGGCAGUCAUCGAUUCGUCACUAG